AUGAGCUUGGAACUAGACACCAUCAAGAAACUAAACAAUCUAAACGUAAUUCUAGCCUCUGCAUCACCACGAAGGAAGGAAAUCCUCACAAAAUUGGGACUGAAAUUCCAAGUAAUCCCAUCCACAUUCCCAGAACUCUUGAAUCAAACGUCCCGAACUCCAUCUGAAUAUGUACGCGAUACUGCUGAAGCAAAGACUAGAGAGGUAUACGACACACAAACCACCGCAUCCAACCCUCCUCCACACCUCGUAAUCGGCGCAGACACUAUCGUUGUCUGUGGUACCGACAUUCUCGAAAAGCCGGCCUCGGUACAAGACGCAAUAUCUACAUUGAAGAGACUGCGAGGUGCUCCUCAUGAGGUACUAACUGCAGUCGUGUUAGCAUACCCAAGUAAAACAGAACCAUCACAACUGGUGAUUAAGAGCUUUGUCGAGUCUACGGGUGUUACGUUUGGGAAAGACAUUGAUGAUGACAUGAUUGAAUCGUAUGUUGCAACGGGUGAUCCUAUGGACAAGGCAGGAAGCUAUGGAUAUCAAUCUCUAGCUGGCAUACUAGUCGAAUCCAUAAACGGAUGCUACUAUAACAUGGUUGGGUUUCCAUUACAUAGGUUUUACAUGGAGCUCUCGCAGUUGAUCAAAAACAAGGAACUACCCAUAUAA